AUGCUGAACGAUAACGGCGGAAUCAUCGGUGCGGGAGGCGGACGUAAUGGGGCCGCACCGGGUGGAGGAGGAGGAGGAGGAGGAGGACCACCACUGCCACCACCAUCCUCGGCUGGGUCACCGAUGGACGCGACCAACUGUGAUCUAAACGGUCACAAUGUGGCCAACAGCAACAACAACAACAGUAGUGCCACCGGUGGCAGCAAUACCAGCAGCACGAGCAGCAACACCACCACCACCAGCAGCAGUAGCAGCAACAACACCGGCAACAACAACAACAACAACGCCACCGUUAGCAAUAAUAGCAGCAGCAGCAACAACAGCACCGAAAAUGACGGUGGAACAAACAACGGACUGACCACGAACGGAGAUUCGGGUGGUGGUGGACGCCCUUCACCAGCACACCGGAUCGUGAAGCUAAACCGCACGGAUCUGGACAUUGUGCGGUUGAUUGGUCAACACCUAAAGGACAUCGGGUUGGAGCGUAGCGCCGAAAUGUUGAUGCAAGAAUCGGGCUGCUGUCUGGAACAUCCGGCCGCAACGAAAUUCCGUGUGCACGUCCUGUCCGGCGAUUGGAACAAAGCGGACCACGACCUGCAGGAGCUGCAAUCGAUGGUCGACAUCAAAACGGACCGGGCGAGCAUGAGCGAGAUGAAGUUCCUGCUGUUGGAGCAAAAGUACCUCGAGUAUCUCGAGGAAGGCCGUCCGAUCGAUGCGCUGCACGUGUUGCGGAACGAACUGACCCCGUUGCAGCACAAAACACCCCGUGUCCACCAGCUGUCCUCGUAUAUGAUGUGCACGAACAACCAGGAGCUGUACGCACGUGCCGGUUGGGAGGGAAAAGGACCGAAAUCGCGCACCCGGUUGAUGGAUCGGUUGCAGUCGUACCUUCCGGCGACGGUGAUGUUGCCACCACGCCGUCUCCGAUCGCUGCUGGUGCAGGCGGUCGAGUUGCAGAACGAACGGUGCCAGUGUCACGAUAUGACGUGGAGCACGAGCAUCGAGAACGUGUCGCUGUUGGUUGAUCACAACUGCAGCGCGGAUGGGUUCCCGCUGCAGGCGCUGCAGGUCCUGAACGAUCACUCCGAUGAGGUGUGGUUCUGUAAGUUCUCACCCGAUGGGUUGCGGCUUGCGACCGGUUCGAAGGAUAACAGCGUGAUCGUGUGGGAAGUUGAUCCGGUGAAGCUGUUGCUGCGUAACAAGCGCUUGUUCGAGGGCCACACGUACGGUGUGUCGUACAUUGCGUGGAGCCCGGAUUCGAAGUACUUUAUCGCGUGCGGACCGGACGAUUGUCCCGAUCUGUGGAUUUGGGACGUCGAGCAUGAGAAGCUGAUGACGAAGUUUUCGCACUCGACCGACGAUAGUCUGACGUGUGCGGCGUUUAACCGCGAUGGGACACGCUUCGUGACCGGUGGCACACGGGGCCAGUUUUAUAUGGUCGAUUUGGACGGGAUCCUGCACGACAACUGGGAGGGCGUGCGAGUGAACGGACUGGCGUUCCUGUCCGACAACAAGACGGUGCUGGCGGCGGACACACACUACCGGAUACGGGGGUACAGCUUCGACAACCCGCGCACGGAUUACGGCAUCGUGCAGGAACAGUGCCCGAUCAUGACGUUCUCGGUGAAUUCGGCCGAUCGGCUGGCGCUGCUCAACAUCUCCUCGCAGGGGCUGCACCUGUGGGAUCUGCAGGAUAAGUGCCUGGUGCGGCGGUUCCAGGGUGUCACGCAGGGUAACUACACGAUCUACUCGUGCUUCGGUGGCGUCAACGAGAGCUUCGUCGCGAGCGGAAGUGAGGACAACAAGGUGUACAUCUGGCACAUCCGGCGGGAGGAACCACUGGCGACGUUGAUUGGCCACACGCGCACGGUUAAUUGUGUGAGCUGGAAUCCGGUGUAUCCGUCGCUGCUCGCGUCCGCUUCGGAUGAUGGUACGGUGCGGAUCUGGGGACCACAGCAACCGCACACACAGUGGAACCCGAAUGGGCUGGCUGGUACGGGGUUGUUGCCGAAUCAGCACGCGAAUCAGCAGCAACAUCCGCAGGUGCACGCCAAUGGGACUGCCGCCGGUGCCGAUAGUGCCUCGAUCAGCUCGACCGGAUCUGCCACCUCGUCGACGUCCUCGACUGCGUCCUCAUCGUCCGGUGGGGGUGGUUCCGGCCAGCCACCCAAUGUUGGGGGCAGUGGCAGUGGAGGAGGAGGAGGUGCCGGAGGUGGAGCGGCGGGUGGUGGUGGAGGUGCCGCAGGAGGAGGAGGAGGAGGUGGCAGUAUCGAAGUGCUAUCAACCUCGUCAUGGAAUAUCACAUAAUGUUAGAUAUUUAAUCAACCCGGUCUCAAGAGCGUAUAGUUAAGAAGACAGGUGAAAACCGACCACCACCACCAUCCCGAGGCGGCACCCCACGGCCGCCACAACCCGGAGGAGGAAGGUGCGCCGGGCGUGUGGUGACAGUGCUGCUGUUGCUGUUGUUGGGCCCGUUCCAAGCGAUCGGCUCGUUGUUUCGUUGAUGAAGAAAAGGGCAAUAAGCAGAGGAGAGGAUAGGGAGACAACGACACCCGCACCGCUGGAAUGCAGUGUGUUGGGUUUGGAUAUAGGAUUGUUAGAGGAGGAAGAGAGGGAUGAAAAUUUUGGAAAAAGCAUAACGCACGGAAUGUGAGCGUAAUAAAAUAAUACCUAGGGUUAAACGGUAGUUUUAAUGAACGAACGAUUAAAAGAACAAACAAGGAUAAAUUCGCGCCUGCAACCAUAAAGACAACACCGAACAGGACGAAUGGGAAGCAAGGAACUCAUCAACCACAGAGGUAGCGGUGGUGCCGGUGUGUGGGAAAGAAAAAAGGAGAGCAAAAGUGUGCGGACAUAUAAGAAAGCGAAGCAGAUUGAACGAUUAGAAGGUAGAGCUGGAAGCAGAACGAAACGAAGCAUAAGGCAUAAUUGUAAGGAUUAUCGUGCAAGGACUGCUCGGUGCAAGCGCAGAAAUUCGCAGGAGCUACGAUGUUCGAAAUCGCAAAAUAUGGCCGAUUUUGGAACGCGGAAUCGCCUAAAGCACGCGAACGCAACAGCAGCAGCAACAACACCCCCGAGCGGAAUGAAUAUUCGUAGAGAUUGGCUUAGAAAACUAGUACUAUAAGAGUAAACCCAAGCAAAAGCGAGUGAUGAUACUGAAGACGACGUCGAUGAUGAUUAGCAUGCAAUAGAGCGCAUAAUAAUAAAUGAGGAAAAUUAUGGCGAACAGGAUUAACGCAUACGAUGAAUGUUUUUAGGGAAACCGUAAGGCCGGGCUCCCCAGCACGAGAGAACCAUUACCGGUUCCGGUUACCUAGCGACGCCAAAGCCGUCGCUUACUAGAUGACUGACACCCCACGAGUGCAGUGCAGGAAGUACGUUUGUGCGGUGCGCUGUAUGCUCGUUUUUUUUUAUAAAUAUAUACUAAAGUUUGCUGAAUGGUCGCCGAAAAAAAAGCUUCUCGAAAGGGUCGCGUGCUAACGAACAUCGUAUCCUUAACCAAACGACGUUUGGUUGCAAAAGCUUCAGUUUAAAAUUUGACACAAAAACCCCACAGUUAGCUGCGUAUGUAAUGCAUACACGCUCGUGUAAGAUCGUUAGAGAGUUAGGUUAGGUUUCAUGCAGUACUUCAUUUUAAAUUAAACUCAUCACCAUGUGACGUGCGAGUGCGCCGGGUGUGUGAUAGAGUAGAGUGGGUGUUUUUUGAAAAUGUGUCCUUUUUUUUCGCGUUUCACCCGCAAAAUUGGCUUAGCAGGUUGAACGUUCUUUCGUUCCCCCCAUCGCGAUCAUCAGCUUGCAUCGGUUUAAGCGGUCGCUUAGCAAUAGAAUCGAGUCUACGUACCGAUAGCAAGGGAAACGAGAAAGGAUGCACUAAGGUGUACAGCAAACCACACAUACACGCACUCAUGCCACUUUCAAUAGAGGUCCCAGGGGAUGUAUCAGGAGGACGCGCAGGGGAGCGAACAUUGAUGUCCGUACUCAGAUUGUAGAGCGGAAAUAAGAUGUUGAAAGGCAGGAGGUAAGGAAACGCGCGAACGAAGAAUAAAGGUUUGUGGAUUUAAGGAUUUUGUUGAAUGAAUAAUAAAGAAGAAGAAAAAUACAUUUCAAAGGCAGCAGCAUAAUCGAGCAUAUAUCGGCAAUCGUGUUGCUAUCUGAACACUUUGAA